AUGUUUGGACGAUUCAAAAUUUUCAAACUGUCUUCGGACGAGUCCAAAUCGACAUCCCAAAAGCCUCCCUCUACUAGUACUAGCAACCGUGGCCCUGGGGCUAAUAGAGCGGGUGAAGUCAAAAUCGAGCCGAAGGGGUUGUAUAUCGUUCUGUGGAACACCGGGAUGCCCGACAAAUACCACUGGGGCCUUCUCGUUGCCACGGAUCACGAAUCCGGGAUCCUCUUCCACCAGACUUUGAUCGGAUUUGACUGGAAAUAUGUGGUCGAAACGAAAAACGUUCAAUAUUCCAAGAGCUUGCUUGUUGCAUUGAAGGUCGGUGCCGUUGAGAGCAUUGAUGACCAGUGGAUCGCUGCCAUCAAGACUUGCGUUCGCGAAACCAAAGUGACUGGGCUCUUUACCUGCCGUACCUGGGCUAUGGCCGCACUUUUCGACCUUGCCGAUGGAGGAUUCAUUGGGUUGUCGCCUGAGUGGCCGAAGAUUCAGGAAAUCGAACAGGAAGCGAAAGACUUGGGCAUUCAUGCGUAUUACGGGGGAGUUAAGACUGUCACACGAAGCGAUUUGACUACGGCUUAA